CCAAGCUACAGAAACAAUCAGCCAUGCUGCGAAUAUACUGGAUUACCAUCACUGCUGUCUGUGUGGGACUGGCAGUUGUCUCUGGUGAAAAGAUCAUUGAUGGGACAGAAGCUGAAGCCCACAGUCGACCCUAUAUGGCCUUGUUGAAGAUAAAAAGUGGUAAAAACGAAUCCUGGUGUGGUGGUUUCCUCAUUCUCCCAAACUUCAUCCUGACUGCAGCUCACUGCCAAGGAGAGAGAAUCACUGUUAAACUUGGGGUUCAUAAUCUCUCAAAAAAGGAGAAGUCCAGGCAGGAGAUCCCAGCAGUGAAAAUCAUUCCUCAUGAAUGUUAUAACAAUAUAACCCUAGUGAAUGACAUCAUGCUUCUGAAGCUGAAGCACAAGGCCAAGAUCACACAUAAAGUGAGCACCAUCAGCAUUCCACAAAGAAAUGAGUCCUUCAAGCCUUAUUAUGAAUGCUCUGUGGCAGGAUGGGGACUCACUAAAACCAAUGGGACACUCAGCAAUGUGCUGAGAGAAGCCAAGGUCAAGGUACAGCUCCAGUCUGCUUCUCACAUCUUUGCAAGAGGCCCUGGAAUAAAAGGGUUCUGCAAUGGAGAUUCAGGAGGACCACUGGUUUGCCCAGGCUCUUUAGAUAAGCCUACAGCUGUGGGGAUUGUGUCUUAUGGCCCAGAAAGAUGUGAAGAUCCUGGAAAUGAAGUCUACACAAAGGUGUCUGCAUACUGGGACUGGAUCAGAAAGAAAAUCAUUGCAAGCUCUUCUGCUUGAAGUCUCUUCCAGAGCCAGGAUGAGCCAAUAAUCCAGCUGAGAUCUUUAGCCUUGAUCUUAUAUCACUCUCUCAUAACCAGUGUCAGAUUCAGAGAGUGAAGAAUGCUGGGUAGCUUUGCCGCUGUCUUUAAAUCAUACCAACCAGCAAAUGUAACUGCUUCUCUGCUUCAAUAAAGUGUGCAGUGCA